AUGCUACAAGAUGAAGAUGAGGAGGGGGAGGACGUCGGUUGUGAGCCGGUGCCUCGAAAAAGGGGGAGCGUCGAGGCUCCAAAAACAGUUGGGCCAGUGAUGGUCAAGGAGACUCAUCCUCAGACCGAGGAGAUCUCAGAAGUUACGCCGAGCAAAGUCCCAGAGCCAUCGGUGGUCAAAGAUAUUUCCUGCCAUGAUGAACAGACGGCGAGUGUGCCCAAGGGGUCCGACAGUAAGGCUUUUCAAAAGGGGGAGAGUGCCCCAAGUGACUUGAUUGGGGAAUUCAUUAUAAAUGAUUUGCCACCUGACCCUGAAUUUUCUGAAGGGCAAUUUUGGGAGGCUCGAUCCAUGGAGACCCCCGAUGUGGGAACGGACCACGAUGGGGAAGACAUAUUCCGUAGCUGCCUUGCAGGGGUCGAUGAUGUUUCCGACCUUGACGCGAUGAUGACCGAGCUGAACCGGUGUGAGGCCGAUCUCAAGAAGCUUACUAAGGAGAGAGAUGCCCUCAAAUGCCUCUACGUGAAGAAAGAAGAGGAGAUCAGGGACCUCCGAGCAGACUUGGCCCAGGCUCGUAAGGAAGAGGCCGAGCUAGAUGCACAGGUAAAUACCCUUUUGAAAGAGUACUGUCUCAACUCAACUAUGGAGGCUAACACUUCAAUAUCUCAAUUGCAGCAAAAGAUGCAGAGGAUCGAGCUUCUCCGGAGGGAAGUUGACCAAAUCAAAGCCGACUACGAUCGGUUGAAGGAGAACAUAGACCGCCUUGCUGCGGAAAAAGAGGCGGCCGUGGCAAAAUUGUCAUCGGCCGAGGUCCAACUUCGGGUCAUCAAAGAGAAGAGUUCAGCUCAGCCAAAAAGGAUCGAGGAGCUCGAGGCCAAGCUUGCUGAGGCCAAGGCGAAGGUCGGGAAGGCGAAGAUUGCGGCUGAUAAAUCCAUAGCCGUGUAUUUGGCCGAUGGCGAGGCUGAUCAGAGGGAAACCCUCGAGGAAAUACAUGCUCGAGGUUUCGACCUCUCUAAAGAGAUAGCUCAAGCUAAGGCGCUUGAAGCUGAUGCCAGGUUGCUUGUCUCCUCCUCCGAUGAUAACGAUGAUGAAGGCAGCCAAAGCAGGUCUGAUAACGAUGAAGGGCCCGAAGGAGAAGCUGCCCCCGAGGGAGAAACUAGCCCCGGGCAUAGUUAG